CUCACUGCACCAGGGCUGAGGGACUCCUCGUCCCCUCUCUUCCCUCGCUGCAGCUUUAACUCAUCUCCAUCAAUGCAGUCAUCCUUUUUUUAUUUUGCUUGUUGCUUUGGAUAACUGCGUUGCUUUUUCAUUUUCCCUAUUCCAGGAUCAAAGGAUUUAUUUGUUGAAAAAAACAAUCCCAAAACAUGGAUUGCCUUGUUUGACUGAGGCAAAAGGGGCUUUCUCCAAAAGCCAACGCUAAAAACCGGGACUCCAACUGGGACUUUCUUUUUGUUGGUUUGCUGCUACAGUGGAUUCCCCCCCUUUUGUUGAACUUCCAGGAUCUUGGUCAGAGUGAAAGACAUGGACUUAAAGACAAAGGCAUAGGAUCCUGUACAGUUUUCGAGGAGUAAUUAGAAAAGCCAAGGUUGCAUCAAGCACUUGUGGAGAAAGUAUUAUGUCAGGAACAAGUUUAUGGGAUAAUUGAAAGGUGCACUAAUUGAUUCUGAGACCCCUCUCUGCAAGUGUGGCCAUAGGGAUUUCUGAGGAGUGGAAGUGAGUGGAGCUCUGAGUUUGUCAGCUGGCCUCUCCUUACUCCUAGAGUGUCCUUUCACCCAACCCCAUGGGAUUCUGACAUUUAACCCGUCUAUCAGAUCCUGCAUGUUUUUGCAUUUUGUUUUGUUUGUGCAACUUGCAGUCCAGUAACUCUGAGAGGCAAGCUCAUACUUUUGGAUUUAAGCCUUUUCUGUUUGACGGAGACAUUUUGACACGGUUUGUUUGACCAAAUUCUAGUAAUGCCUUAUAAACAGAUUCUCCCCCCACUGCCGUAUGCACUGAAAGAGCUGUGACAUUAUCUGCUGUGGACAUCCCGCUGUUAUUGUAGCCUGUGUCUGUGUUUUGAUUCGGACAAUAGCUGGGCAUACAUGGGCUCCAGACGCUGACAAAAUAAGGGAAGCCUCCUCUAUUAUUCACCACAAAUUGGAACUUUGAAUUAAACUGAAGAGCCAAUCCUUAAUCUUUAUAACAAUCUAAGCUUUUUUUUUUUGUUUGGGAGAGUAUCUGCUGGAGGAAGCAUACUCUCAGUUUUGUCCCGUAACCUUGUGUGGUUUCCUUCUUCACAUCUUCUGUGCUCUCUGCCCCUGUGGUGAUGACUUAAAAUCCCCAGCCUCCUGGUGGCAACUCUCAUUAAAAUCAUGCGAUGAGGCCACAGAUCGGGGCUCCAAACCAGCAGGGAAACUCGCCUCAGGGAUCGAUGCUGGUAGCGGGACUAAUUCUACUUCACUUUUGGUUGAAUCAUUUUUUCUAUUCCACCAACUGCCAUCACCAGCCAUGCUCAAUUUGAAAGAAGAGAGAAACAAGUUGCCAUGCUGUUUCAGAGACCGUACUGAAUUUCCUCCAGUCACCGUUCACUUGAUUGAGACCCAGCGAUGUGAGGGUAUGCUGAGCAAAAGCACAGGUGUGCUUGAGAGAAUAAUACGCUUUUUGAACUGAGGGGUGGUGAAAAACCAGAGGGACACAGACAGAUCUCCAGUUUCAAGUCAGUUUGCUUAUGGGUGGCAUACGACAAAUCUGACUCAUCUACACCGAGAAAAUGAACCACUCUGAACUGAUAACACAUCCUACGCUCACUGCCAACAGCAGCGAUGGAGACAUCUUUUCUGGCAGGGUCUCCAACCACUCCUGCCCUUUGGGAUGGGGGUUGAAGGAAGGCGUGGAGGCCUGCAUAUUAGAGACUGUUGUCAUCGUGCUUUUGACGGUCCUCAUUAUCGUCGGGAACCUGACGGUGAUCUUCGUGUUUCACUGUGCCCCUCUGCUGCAUCACUACACCACAAGCUACUUCAUCCAGACGAUGGCCUACGCUGACCUUCUGGUUGGUCUCAGUUGCCUUGUGCCCACAUUGUCUCUGCUACACUACCCAGCAGGUGUCCAGGAACCAAUUACGUGCCAGGUUUUCAGCUACGUCAUCUCUGUUCUGAAGAGCGUCUCAAUGGCCUGUUUGGCCUGCAUCAGUGUGGAUCGUUACCUAGCCAUAACUAAACCACUAUCGUACAACCAACUGGUGACGCCAUGUCGACUACGAGGCUGCAUCGCCAUCAUUUGGGUUUACUCCAGCCUGGUUUUCUUGCCCUCCUUCUUUGGUUGGGGUAAGCCAGGAUAUCAUGGGGAUAUAUUUGAAUGGUGUGCUCACUCUUGGCCCACCUCGGCCAUAUUCACUGGCUUCGUGGUGUGCUUUCUUUAUGCACCCGCCGCACUUGUUGUCUGUUAUACCUAUUACCAUAUCUUUCGCAUUUGCCAACAACACAACAGGGAGAUCAGCGAACGGAGGGCCCGGUUCCCCAGCCAGGAAAUGGAACCCGGGGAGGGGAACGGCGGUGGGCAUCACGGAGGGCACGGACCAGAUCGACGCUACGCCAUGGUGCUGUUCCGCAUCACAAGUGUUUUCUAUAUGCUUUGGCUUCCUUACAUAAUCUACUUUCUUCUAGAGAGUUCCCACGUGUUAGAUAUCCCUGCCUUGUCAUUCAUCACCACCUGGCUAGCCAUUAGCAACAGCUUCUGCAACUGUGUCAUCUACAGUCUAUCGAACAGUGUGUUUCGCUUGGGCAUGCGCAGACUGUCACAGACUAUGUGCUCUUUCAGCCACUGUGGUGCAGACGAAAGGGAUUUUGGAGAGCCCAAGCCGAGAAAAAGAGCAAACUCAUGCUCCAUCUGAGUGACCGCUUUAUUAAUGGGGUUAAAAUUCUCCUUAAAAAGUUCAUUUUCAGUAGAAAAUCUGGAAAUGCCUUUCUGUUUUGUCUUGACUCGCUCAAAAUAAAAUGGUGACUGGGGUUUUCAAGGAGACAGAUACAGUGUCUAGACCGAGAAUAUUAAUGAGAGGUGGGCUCUCUGUGAUGGAUUUUAUUAUACCGCACCACAGAGGCUUACUCAGGCUUUUACAUUAUGUCAGGCCGAGUGCAAAAUCAAAACGACAAACAUCCCCAAAAAUGAACAAUUAAACAUCCCAUAUCUAAUUUUACCUUAAUGCUUGUCAAACUUUUAUUUAUACUUGUGAUUUUUAAUCAAAGAUUGUGUUUAUUUAAAUACAGUUUAAGGUCCCUCAUUAACAUUAGACAUACUUAAAGACACAAACAGUGACCAUGACAAGAGCAGCUGAUAAAUGUUAAAGUACAUAAUCAUGACUGUUUUUUAUUUAUUCAUCUUUUUAUUUAUUGAGGAAAAUAUAAUUUUUCUAGUUAUUUAGUUUGUUUUCCUUCAACCACUGAUCUGACUGUUGAAAUCAGCGCCUUAACAAAGGCAUCAAGGCAUUUGAUUUAUUUAUUUUUAAUGUGAUUAUUAGAUAUAAAUGAAAGAAAGCAUUUUUUUCAAAAUGUAAGGACAGUCACCCAGAUGUAUCUUGUGUUUUUUGUGUGUUUUAGAGUGAUGUGUUGAAGAUGGUAGUGGAUUUUAGUUUGGAGCAGCAAAGUGUGGGGGUUUAGAUUAAUGUAAUCUGAUGUACUUUGAAACUGCUGUAAGGAUAAAUCUCAUCUGAAAUUACAUGCCCAUUUGUGUAAAUGUUCAAGGCUGCAGGAACACAGUCAUAGGAUGUAGAUCUGUGCAUUGAACAGUACUCUUUUAUUCAUUUUUGGUUUUUUAUGUCUUAUUUUUCUGAUCUUUUACACUUUCUUCUUAAUAUUUCUUUUAAUCAUUGAAAGAUGACACCAAGCCCUCACACAAAGGGUGGUGGAGUUGAAAAUGAGAUAGAACUCGCAUCUACGUAAUGAAGUGAAAGUGUUUUACAAUUUUUAAUCUGAUACUGAUAGUUUAAAAAAAAAAAACUAAAAAGAAAACUGUAGUUCUUUGCUUUAAUUUUAAUUACUUUUCCUAUUUUGUCAAAGCCUGGCCAAAACAUUUCACCUUCUUAAACCUUUUUUCAUAUUUUGUGAUGCUACAUCUAUAAACUUGAGUGUAAAUUAUGGGAGGAACCAACACAAAGUGGUGGAUAAUGGAGGAAAAUAAACAUGAAACAUGGUUUCCAUUGUUGCAUUCAUUUUUAUUCAGACUUCCUGAGUCGAUAUUUAAUAGAGAAAUAAUUUGCCGUAAUUAGAGCUGCAAAUUUUUUAGAGUAUGUCUCUACCAGUAGAGUCUGAAGUUCUGCUCCUUUGUCUUUGCAAAAUAGCCCAAACUCAGUGAGGUUGAUUAGAGAGUAUCUCUCGACAUAAAUAUUCAAGUCUGGCCAGUGACUCUUCACUGAUUUCAGGUCUGUUCUUGCUGGUCCAAUACAUACGAAAGCGCCUCAUUGUAAGUCUGGAUGCAACUUAAGUUAACUGACCUUCUCUUAAAUCUUUUCCUGCCUGAAUUUGAUUAUAUUUGUUUAUUUGGCUCCAUUCAUCGAGUUAUAAAUUGCAAAAAGCUGUCCCCGCUAAAGAAAGGCAUCCCCACAACAUAGUGCUACUCCUACAAUGUGUCAUUGUUGAUAUGGUGUGCAGUCCAAGUUCAUCCUUAGUCUUCUUCCUCAUGUUUGCUGUUUGCUCUACAUGGCUGAUUGCAAACUUUAAGCAGAAUAUCUUAUGGCGUUUCUUUAAUUAUUUAUUUUCUAUUUUCCAUCCUGGCCAGAUUGUCCACAAAUAUCCAACCUGAACAUGUGGCUUUAAACCUCUGAAUUUAUUUGUAUUCAUACUCCUACAUACUAAUUAGGUGCCUUCUCAUCCAGUUUGAUUAAAUCUGUAAGUAUUCUGCUUAUAAAAUGAAAGAAAAUGUAUGCAUUCUCGUUCAUUGACUCUACAGCCAUGCAUUACCUUGUGUUGGUGUAUCACAUAAUAUCCCUAAAAAAAUACAUGGAUGGAUUUACGUGUAACAUGUUAAAAUCAAUAAAUGUUCAUGGGUAUGGAAGAUUUUGUAAGGUAUAGGAGGCAUGCUUCAAAGUAUGAAAGACAACAUUCAGUUUUUAUUCUCAUCUGUUGGUUAAGAGCAAAAAAUUCCAGUUUCAACCCUGAUCAGCCGCUUCCUGGUAAAAUAUAAUCAAUGUUUCCAAUAGGAGCUUUUCUCUAUUGAAGUACCAUACUCUCACAGCAAUGUUUAAGCCUUAAUAUGUUAGGUACUUUUUGGGAUUCUUUUUGUCUUUAAUAAGAAAAGCAACAGAGGACAUGUGUCCCUUUAGGAUUGUGUUUCGCCCAUUUGCUGUUCUUUGCAGCUUGCGCUGUGUUUUCCUUGUUUUAAAGCUGCUGAUUGCAUCAUUGUAUGUUAAAAAGCAGAUUUCAUUCAGACUUCUUAGGAGUUAGUGUGACUUUGUUUUUAAGACUGGAUUUGGUAAAUCGUAAUGUGACUGGAAACGUUUGUUUCUUGUAGCUUAAUGAUCUACUGCCUUUAUCUCUGUUUAAAAUAAUGAAAGGUGAAUUCUGUGAAGCUACAAAAUGUUUUUAUCCAGCUUUCAUGCACUACACAUUGUUCUGCUUAUGUGCCUAAAAAAAGGUUGUUUUGUAGGAAAUGGAUGUUUAGAAAUGAUAAACAUGACAUGCUGCGUUUUUAAACCACCCUGAACAUAUUCAAGGACCAUUGGACUUUCUUUGCCAUGACUUUGUGAUAACUACAGUGACAACCACUGAAACUAUGAGUUCCUUUUAAUCUUUGAUUUCUCUCUGUCCCUCUGUGGUAAAUUUCCCCUUUGUAGCUAUUCUGUCUGGUCUAUAUAAAGAAUAACAAAGGGAAGAACCAACAAAUACUAGCCUCAUAAUACGCUGUCAUUUGACUUUAAUGGGAUGCGGGGUUUUUUUGUUUAGUUUUUUUUAGUUCUGUUGGAUUUUAGGUUAAAAUUAGGUCAGGUAGAGCAAAUGUGCUGAUCAGUCCUAUGUAAACUUAAUGAUGUGAUAAAAUCUCAUAAACAGAAAAGAAAAGUUUCUUUUAAAGUAAACUCAUACAGUUCAUUUGUUAACUAAAUUGACUUUGUUUACUGAAAUUGCAGAUUAUUCUUCAUCUGGUAUGAUUUGUUUUGUUACAGGGUAUGUCAAAGAUUUCAAAAAGAUACCCAAAAAAACAACAAUAAGUUAAUGUUUCUGUACGGCACUGAACAAACCACAGUGGUAGCAAGUCAAAAACUGUAACAUGUUGUAAACAAGUCCUCUUGAUUUCAUGUGCAUUGAUAGGAACAUUUGCACACAACUAUAAAAUAGAGGGUAAUAGAUAUUUAUUAAAGUGGUUUAUAAAUAUUUACACAGUAUACUGUAUAUGGGAAUACUAUAUGUAAAGUGUGUGUAACUUGUUUUUACUCUGCUGUGAUCCUCACUUUUCAAAAAGAGAUAAAGCAAGGUAUUUGUGCGUCUAAUUGUGUUAAAACAACCUUAUAGGCUGCUGCUGUUUUGAGUAGAAGGUGAGUUUGUUAAAUUACACAAUAUAUAUUUUUUUAUUUUGAAACUGUGUCAAAAAGACUAUGGUUUUGCUGUUACUGCUGAACCAAAUAAAAGUAAAAAAAA